AUGGUGUCCUCCUUGCUUGUCUUAAAUGGAAAGCUAUCUGCUGAAGUUGAGCCAUUCAUCCCUCAGAAGAAAGGGACUGAAGCCCUUGCAAUUCCAAUGUCUCUACCAGGUGAUGGUGGAAGCGUAGGUGGACUUGAACCCACUCCUAUUCCAAGCUACCUUAUAACCUGUUACCCAUUUGUGCAGGAGAACCAGUCGAAUCGGCAAAUUCCAUUAUAUAUUAAUGAUAUAAGAUGGCAACAAUCAAACUCAAACCCUCCUGGACCCUACCUUGCAUAUCCGAUUGUACCUGCUCAGCCACCUGUAUCAACAGAAUACAUGUACUACCAGCUAAUGCCUGCACCUUGUGCUCAAGUCAUGGGAUUCUAUCACCCGUUUCCUACUACUUAUACCACACCCCUUCAAGCAACCAAUGCAGUCAAUACAAUCUCAAUCGAUUGCAAUGACAGGGCAAACCAACAAACUCCCAUCAAUGUGUUAUCCAACCAGCGAAGCAGAAAUACCACCAGACCACCCCUUAUCCACAAACCUCCACAGCUAGGUGUGCCACAGAUUAAAUGCAAGAGGCCUCCGAUGAAAAGUGUGGCAGUACAAAAGGAAACUUGUUCAUCGGGACCAGACAGUCGGUCCAAAAUUGUUCUCUUAGUGGAUGCUUGCCAGCAAACAGAUUUUCCCAAUGAAAUUGCCAACAAAUCACUCUCUGAAAGUAUGGGUGCAGUACUAUGGAAAACAAAAGCAAGACGCCGGCGGUCCUCUCAUCCUGCAGCAGAGUCAUCCAGUGAGCAAGGUGCAAGUGAAGCAGAUAUCGACAGUGACAGCGGAUACUGCAGUCCAAAACACUGCCAGGCAGCUGCGGUGUGUUCUAGACAUGCAGACUGUACUGCCUCAACUGUCAGUAUUGCAGAGCCAACAGUUUGCACAGCUGGAGGAAGUUGGGCCAGUGUGGCCUCCCAAGCUACUCAGAAGAAGCCUUGGAAUGAAAAAAGUCAGGUUUUCUGUAGAGGCGGAAGACAGGCGGAACUUCGAAAUAAUGCACAGCUUGGGUAUCGUAUGAGAGGACAGAGCACAUCAUCAGAAAGAAGACAAAGUAUUCAAAGGAAGCAAGAAAGUAAAUCGGGGACCACAGCACAGUUAAACCGACCAGACCAGAGUCCUGAACAGUUGCACUUUGAGGAUGAAGAUGAAUUUCCAGAAUUGAACAGCAGCAAUGGGUGUUCUAGAAAUGAGAGCACACAGCCAAAGAUGAACGCUAAAGUGUUGGACAAUUUACCGGAAAAUUCUCCAAUUAACAUUGUUCAGACCCCGAUCCCUAUCACAACAUCUGUACCAAAGCGAGCUAAGAGUCAGAAGAAGAAAGCACUUGCUGCUGCACUGGCCACUGCCCAGGAAUACUCGGAGAUUAGCAUGGAGCAGAAAAAAAUCCAGGAAGCUCUGUCGAAAGCAUCUGGAAAGAAGAGCAAGACUCCAGUACAGCUAGACCUUGGAGACAUGUUGGCAGAAUUAGAGAGGCAGCAACAAGCAAUGAAGGCUCGUCAGAUAACAAACACCAGACCUUUAUCCUACACUGUUGGCAGUGCUGUCCCAUUUCACACCAAAGAACAUACAAACAGGAAUGUGUUUACAAAGGCACAGCCUUUUAUGGGUUCUCCAAAUCCUUUGGACUCCACUGCUCCAAGGAUCAAAAGAGGAAAAGAAAAAGAAGUUCCAAAAUUAAAACGUCCAACAGCGCUUAAAAAGAUUAUCUUGAAAGAAAGAGAAGAAAAGAAAGGACGUUUAACUGUGGAUCAAAGUGUUUUGAGUUCAGAUGAACAAAAGGAUAUUUCUUUAAGCUUUACUGAUGAUCAGUCAGAGGAGUUGGCAUCUCAAGAAGAUGCAGGUCUCAGUGCACCAAGUGAUACCUCUCUGUCCCCAGCAAGUCAGAACUCCCCCUACUGUAUGACUCCUGUAUCACAGGGCUCUCCAGCAAGUUCUGGGAUUGGUAGCCCCAUGGCUUCCUCAGCCAUCACCAAAAUCCACAGCAAGAGGUUUAGAGAGUAUUGCAAUCAAGUACUAAGUAAGGAGAUUGAUGAAUGUGUAACUGUGUUGCUGCAAGAACUGGUCAGCUUUCAAGAGAGAGUAUACCAGAAAGACCCAAUGAAAGCCAAGUCGAAAAGAAGAUUAGUUAUGGGUUUACGAGAAGUAACCAAGCACAUGAAGUUAAGCAAGAUCAAGUGUGUUAUUAUUUCACCAAACUGUGAAAAAAUUCAAUCAAAAGGUGGAUUGGAUGAAGCCCUCUAUAACGUUAUUGCUAUGGCCAGAGAGCAAGAAAUUCCUUUUGUUUUUGCUCUGGGAAGGAAGGCACUGGGUCGCUGUGUAAAUAAAUUAGUACCUGUCAGUGUUGUUGGCAUUUUCAGCUACUGUGGGGCAGAGAACUUAUUCAAUAAUCUGGUGUCACUGACGGAAGAGGCCAGAAAGGCGUACAAAGAUAUGGUGUCCUCAAUGGAGCAGGAACAGGCUGAGGAGGCUUUAAAGAACGUUAAAAAAGUUCCUCACCACAUGGGUCAUUCUCGCAACCCCUCUGCUGCCAGUGCAAUUUCAUUCUGCAGCGUCAUCUCUGAGCCGAUAUCAGAAGUCAAUGAAAAGGAUUAUGAAACAAAUUGGAGAAAUAUGGUAGAAACAUCUGAUGGACUUGAAGCAUCAGAAAAUGAAGACUGUUCUGUGAGGACCAUGGAUUCAGAACACACCAUUAAUGUCCAAUCUGAUAGUAAAGCCAGCAUACCUAAACCAACACCACUGAACACUCCCGGUGUUGCUACCUCAGGCAUUAAACCUGGCAAGUUGACACCAGUGGAAAAAGAUGAGGUGAAACCAGAUGACAAUCUGGAAUGGGCAUCUCAACAGAGUACUGAAACUGGAUCAUGGGAUGGAAGCGGCAGAGAUGUCCUCAACUCCUCCAUGACAAGUACAACUAGCACUCUGGUACCAGAAAUGCUGGAGGAAGAUGAUGAUGAGGAAGAAGAAGACGAUGAGUAUCAGCAAGAACCUAUAUCAGUAAGCAGAAUAGAGUCCUGGGUUUCUGAGACUCAGAGGACUAUGGAGACACUUCAGCUUGUAAAUAGUCCUGAAGAGGAUAAUAUAGAGCAUAGCGAAGAUGAUGAUGAUGUGGAGCCCUCUGAACAUGUAGAUCCAGUUGUUGAAUGCAAGGAACGGACUGUGGAAAAGCUUCCUAGGAAUGGAUCACAGCCACAAAGCAGUGGGAGGGCGUUAUGAAAAGAGAGUUCGAAUUCUAAUUUUAUGUAAA